AUGGAUAAUAUAUACAACGAAAAACCAGCUACACCAAGAGCAGAGUCUGGUGUAGCUACUCCUGAAUUACCCGAACUAGAUUCAAAAGAUUUAAUGGAUUUGGAUAUUGAUGAUGAGCCUACAACACAAGAAAAAAAUAGCCAACUUCAAUAUGACGCCAUGAAUACGAGUCCCCAAGAGACUGAUGAUGCUCAACAACAAAAUGAUAAAUUCUAUGAUCACGUUGAUACUUUCAAACCAAAUUUAUCGUUUAAUAAUCUUGAUAAAUCAUUAUCAUACCAUACUGACAUCACAUACGAUACUAGUAGAAGGUUGAGUGCUAGCCAGGAAACUAAAUUUCUAGCUUACUGUGAGGAACAAUUGAUGAAAAUACAAAGGAAAUAUGUACAAAGCAGGGGUUUAAAUCCAGAAAAUGGAUAUACUGGUAUUGUUCCACUUUUAAAGGAUUUGAAAAGAAUUAUUGAUUUUGUAUGGUAUAGUAUUGAUAAUAACUGUAAAAAUACAGAAGAUUUAUUGUCUUUAGACAGUACUAGUAACAGCAGUGGUGAUGAUAAUUACAAUAAUGAGUUAAUUGUGGGGAAAGCACAAAAUAUGGGACAAUGUAAUAUAUUAUUAAAGAUUGCCGAUGACUUAAUUGAUUAUGUGGGAAAAUUUCCUAUUACUGAUGACGAUAUCGAUAGUAUAAAAUAUAUUUUCAUGAUAUUUUUUAUCAUGGAUAAGGUUCUAAGUUUCACAAUAAUAAAUGAAUCAAGAACUACUCAUGAUAAUAAUAUUUGCAGUGGAGCUUUUAUGAACACUACUGAACUGAUAAGGUGUACCAGUAUAUGUGAAAGAAGCAGAGUCCAGCUAUUUCAAUUUUUUCAAGAUUGUAAAAUACAUGGCUAUCAUUAUGAAUUGAGUAAAAUAUAUGAAGAGACAUUAGAUAAGAGUUGA